AUGACUAAACUAUCAUCCCAAUUUGUAUCGGACUUACAUGAACGAAUUGAACAUGAAUUUGAACGUUGUUGCGAAAAAUUGAGGUCUGAGAAUGAGCAAUUGCAAGAUGAAGUACGUCUCUUGAAGAAUACAAUUCAGUUACAGGCUAAAGAGAUAGAAAAGUUGAAACUGCAGCAGACAGAACCACAGCAGCUAGAACCACAGCAGCCGGGACUACUACAACAGCAACAGCAGCAGCAACGACGGAAGCAACAAUCAGCAAGAAGUGGUUCUGAUUUGCUUUCGUUAUCCCCCGCUAAGAGUUUGAUUUCACUUACCACUUAUGUGUCUCCCAAGACUGAUGGAGAUAAAUAUGAUGGUAGUAAUGGAUAUAGUGCAAAUGCGGACCUUGUUGCAAAAACAAGCACAAACUCAAAUUCAAGCUCAAACACAAGGUUAGGAAUACGGACAAAGCCUAUAUUUGAUAAUGUUUUACCCACACAAUAUAGUGAUUCAGAAGAGGAAUUGUUUCCGCAAUCGCAGUCUCCAACGGCUAAGCGCACUAGGAGGUCUAGUCUGCGUUGUGAGGGGGGACUGUCGCAAAGCUCAAUCAAGCUCAGUCCUCAAAGAGAGUCAUCGCCAAUGAGAAACGAGUUGGGUCCUGCAAGAAAGGUUUCGAAAUUGAAUAGGGAAGAUGCGACUCGUUUUGAUUUACUCCGAGGUAAACUUGGGGAGAUUAGUAAACCCGAAUUGUGUCUACGGCAAGAUUCAGAUGCUAUAUCGAAACUAGUCAAUGUUGAAAACAAUGAUGAGCAUUGGGCAAAGGAUGUUGUAGAUGAAUUUGCGGAUACAGUAGAUCAAGUAAAAUGUGGUAGGGACGAUGGAUUUGAGAGUGAAUGUUUUUCUGAAAAUGAAGGAGAAAUUUCAGAUUCCCAAAAAGAUUAUGAGGCGCAAGAGUUAUUUACGACUCUGCCAACUUCUCAAGCACCGGUCUCUUUUCCCAAAGAGUUGAAAACUGUGUUGCAAAAGCGUCAAUAUCUCACUGAGUACAUAACUGAAAAGUUUGUUCAAGAUCCUAAUUUCAAAAUCAACUUGACCAAUCACCCAAUUAAGCUUAUUUCGUGGGAUUUUAGUGACUUUGUGCCCAAUGAGAACUACAAGCCGGGUAAGUUGAGUCAAAUGAUUAAACGUAAUGGGAUUAUGGAUGAGCGCAAGUUUGAGCAGUACAAGGCAUUUUACAAUUUACCACAAGAUCAAAAUUUUGAGGAUAAGGUGCUGCAAAUCUUUGACAAGUUUCAGUCGCCUCCAGGUUUCAUGAAGCUGGGGUUUCCUAGUACGCAGGAGCUAGUUGAGAGAAGGAAAUUGGUUAAUGCGCGACAGGAGAAUAGGGUGAGACGAAGAAUCAAAAGUUGCACUAAAGUGGAAGAUGGGACACAAUUCUGGGAAGGUGGUUUGUGGAAUAAUUAUGACAACUAG